GAGGCGCUCCUGCCUGUCUGCUGCAAACUUUCCUUAUCUUCCGGUACUCGGGACUCCUCCAGCGCACAAAGUCAACAGUUUUGGAGACGGUAGGCAGCCACAAUAAGAAGAAGAGGAGCGGAUUACAAAGACCUUCUCGAUGCAACUGCCACUGAGUUGUCUUAGUUAACCUGUGCUGAGGGCCUUUAGCCAAAAUUGACAAUGCCGCAGGCUGCCGACAUGAUCAACCUGGGCUUCUUGUCUGACUCGGAGCAGGAUCUGAUCCUGGAGGUGCUGCAACGGGACAAGGAACUGAGGCAGGCUGAGGAGCAGAGAGUGAGGAAGCUAAAGACAGAGUUAUUGGAGGUUAAGAGGAAAGGAGCCAAACGUGGCAGUGGAAGAUACAGUCAGCACAGUUGUGGCCGAUGCCUGGAGCCUCUGAGUCGACUGACUCUUUUCUCCAGCCAGUGUAAGCUGUGCAAUCACCUUGUGUGCCAGAAAUGCCGGACAGUCUUCCCCAAUGGAUCCUGGCUGUGCAGUGUGUGUUCCAAAGAGUCGGAGAUGAAGAAAAUGACAGGUGACUGGUUUUUCGAUCAGCGGGUCAACCGUUUCUCCACAAUGCCUGGACAUGACCUAGUGAGAAGCUCCCUCAAAAAGAGGCCUCCGUUGAAUAAGCGUGUGACAAUGGGAGAAGUGCUGUUGAGAAGUACAGAGAUAAGCCCAGACUCUCCCACUCCUGUUCCCCGACCCAGGCAGAAAAAUCUGCCAGCUAACAAAGGUCAUUUAGAUGAGAAUUCCGGCUCAAUUGCUUCAAGGGAGUCAUUUGAAUCAAAGGAGGAUGUUUCAGCAAAGCCAACACACAGCGACACAGAGUCUGCAGAAAAAGCCAGCUUGAGUAGCAGUAAAACUGAGACCGAGUCUAGACAUGUGACCCCUGAACUAACAAGGAAAGAGAUGCACUCAGCCCAGCACAGCCCAACAGAAUCCAGUGUUUCCAGUCUGACUGUCCCAGUAAAGGAAGACACAGUGAACGAUCAAACCAGCAACUCAGUGGCAAACACAGCCCCAGAAGUAAAACAGGGCAUUGUGAGUCCGGAGUUGGAUGUUGAUAAACUCUUUAAGAAGAGUGUUAAACGAGUCCCAAAGCCUGCUGAGUACGUAUCGACACUGGAUCUCCGUGAUGAACCAGACAUAAAGGUGGUCUCAAUGGGCAACAGGAGCCGGUCUGUACCAGGAUUAGACGUGCAGGAAGAUGAAGAGGAGGAGGAGGAUAUUGACAGCUUGGUUAGCUUUCAUAGAAGGACGAUGGCCUCAAGCUUCUCCAGCCUGAAUGGCUCAAAGAGCACACUGGGCAGCAUGAUGAGUAUUUACAGUGAAGCAGGAGACUAUGACAGUGCAGAGGUUAGCGGAGACAUCACCUUCUCUGUGAGCUAUGACGAACACACCCAGAGCCUCCAGGUCUUCAUCAAGGAGUGCCACGGGCUGGCCUAUGGUGAUGCUUCACGGCAGAACUGUAACCCUUAUGUCAAGUGUUACCUUCUCCCAGAUAAAUCUCGCCAGAGCAAAAGAAAGACCAGCAACAAGAGAAACACCAUUAACCCGACCUACCAAGAAACGCUGAAGUACUCCAUCAGCCGCACUCAGCUGUGCACUCGAUCCUUGCUGAUAUCAGUCUGGCAUCAUGGUCGCCUCAGCCGCAACACUUUCCUGGGAGAGGUGGAGAUCUCUCUGGACUGCCGCAACCUGGACUCUCCAGAGGAAGAGCAACUGGCGCUCAUGGGGAAGGCCGCCUCCGUCCCAGUUUCAGCCUUCACUCAGUACAAAGGAGAACUGGUGAUCUCCUUGAAGUAUAUCACGCCCAAAAAGCCCACAACAGAGAAAACCAAAGGCAAAAAGGGGACGACUGAGGCAGAGGGAGAACUGCACAUCCUAAUUAAAGAGGCGAAGAAUUUGACAGCGAUAAAAGCAGGAGGCACAUCAGAUAGCUUUGUCAAAGGCUACUUGUUCCCAACAAAAGCAAAGACCACAAAGAGGAAGACUCCAGUCAUGAAGAAGAACCUGAACCCUCAGUACAACCACACGUUUGUGUACAAGGAGCUGACCCUGGAGCAGCUGAGGGGGAUGUGUCUGGAGCUCACCGCGUGGGACCGAGAGGCCAUGGGGAGCAACGAGUUCCUGGGAGGAGUGCGCCUCAGCUCUGGCAAAGGAACCGUAAAAAAAGGAAAGGAGGAAAUGGAAAUGGACUCUGUCGGAGAGGAGGUCAGCCUGUGGCAGAAGAUGAUGCAAUACCCAGACUCGUGGGCAGAGGGCUCUCUUCCACUGCGUUCCACUAUGGGGAAGAACAAGGGCAAAUGA